AUGGGACUUACCGAGAGUAAAAUCGUCCUUGAAAGAUUUAGUGCCGCAUGUUUUGAAGCAGAUUGCCAUAGGCGUGACGAUAUCCGCGACCUCCUUUCUGAUGAUAAUUUUUUAAGGCUCCUAAAUAAUCUAUGGAAACAAAUCCCCCCAGUUUCAAGGAAACGAAUCAUAAAGGCCAAUCGUCGUAAAUCUGCGAAAUAUGCGACGCCCCCAAAAGUUGACAACGUGUCUGACGACGUGCCCGAGAGCUUGAUGAAAUUUAUCCCACAAUGGAAAAACAACAUUCAAAGCUUUUUCACUGAGGAGGACGCGCUUGACCUCAACUUGGAUCAUCCUGUAGCUGAGUCGUACAGGCUACUUUUACAACUGGAGAACCGCGGAGAAAGGGAUACUUGGCGUACCCGGUUCCUCAAAGUCGUGUUCCACCGUCUUAUGAAGCAAAUAAGCAGUGGUCAGUACACGCAGUCGGCCGAUGUCACGAGAGCCACAACAAUAAUCAAAAAUUCUGGUAUUGGUGACAAUUCCGAACAAAUUGGAGAGCGUUUCAUUGCCUGGGGCAAGGCUGGGCAGAGAUUAGAGUUACUUUGCAGAGAUCUUUUAGAUGCUAGGGACAGGUGUGAUGAUGGCAGAAAAAAAGAAGAGCAUCUCGGUUUCUUGUUCCGCUUGCCUAAGUACAUGACGGAUAACUACUUAAGGAAACUCCCUAAAACUGGAGUCACCCGAAACCAAGAAAUCAGACGUUUAAAGGACAGUGGCUUGCAUGCAGGAACACAAUACAGCACUUUAGGUGAUCUUGCUUUCAAUAUCUUCCAUCAUCUAUGGGGUUUCAUUGAAAGAUCACUCGCGCAGGAAGCUUUCAUAAUACAGGAAGGACCAAUACUGUCGCGCCAAGCAGUGUCCCGAUCUCGAAGCAAAAGAAGCGCGUGCGGAACUGCUGAUGCUGUUAGAGAUGAUAUGCCUCUAAGUAAUGUCAGCACACGACCUUCAUCGGAACAAACUUUGAAUUACCAGAGCGCGCCAGAAAGUAAGAGAGUUGAUGAAGUGUUUCGUCAUAACAGUCCUCCAAGCGCCGCAUCUCCUAUCUUUGAAGAAGCUGGUGAACAGACCGAUUAUACCCUACCACAUACAUCACAGAGGCUGGACGUACCUCAAAAUUCACUUCACCAGCAAUCACUCAUGGUGUCACUUGACUCAAACCACCAGCCCGAGCAAAUACAAAUGGAUACAAGUCCCGAUGACUUUAAUCAACAAGCAACACCCGAGCCUUCUAGCCAAACCAGUUCGCAGCAUGCAGAUACGGAUCAAAAUACAUUUAUCCAGCAACAACAGCAGCAGCAACACAUGAAAAUACCGCAUUCGGAUGGCCAACCUGAGCAGAUUCAAACAGACGGGGCUGUGAAGGGGUUUUAUCCACAACUUUACCUUCUAGACAACAGUCAAAGCCAAUUCAAUGCUCAGCAAUUGGAUGCGGUUCAUAAUCCAUUUCCUCAGCAAUCAUAUAUGGCACCCCCAUACUCAAAUGGCCAGCCUGAGCAGAUUCAAACAGAGGGGGCUGUGAAGGGGUUUUAUCCACAACUUUACCUGCUAGACGACAGUCCAGGUCAAUUCACUCCUCAGCAAUCGGAUGCGGUUCAUAAUCCAUUUCCUCAACAAUCAUAUAUGUCAAGCCCUUAUUCAAAUGGUCGGCCUGAGCAGAUUCAAACAAACGGGGCCGCCAGUGACUUUCACCCACAACUUUACCUGUUAGACGACAGUCCAAGCCAAUUCACACCUCAGCAGUCGGAUGCGGCUCAUAAUCCAUUUCCUCAGCAAUCAUAUAUGGCACCCCCGUACUCAAAUGGCCAGCCUGAGCAGAUUCAAACAGACGGGGCUGUGAAGGGUUUUUAUCCACAACUUUACCUGCUGGACGACAGUCCAGGCCAAUUCAAUCAACAGUCGGAUACAGCUCAGCAUGCAAUGGAUCUCCAGGUACAAGAUUCGCUGGUUGAGUCAAAUGCACGCUCAAAUUACCCUGAUGCGCAACGACAUCAGCAGCCCUCGAAUUUAAUGCAAAGAUGGGCUAAUCAGGCAGUUGGCCAAGUGGGCUCUGGUCGCAUAGAAGCGAAUGGCUUCGACAGGUUGGAUCCAUUUCAGAACCAUUUAUUUCGCACUCAGUCGAUGAUCACGGGAGUAUAA